AUGGACAGUAGAAGAAAAGAUGAUCUAAGGUUUCUUCAGUUCUUGCGGACAGCACACACAGUUGUAGAAUUUGAGGUGAAAGCAGCCAGCACAGAGCCGCACAGAGCACGCAGCAGCAGCGCGCAGGCGCACGACGGCGUGCAGGCAAACGGCAGCACGCGGUGCGACGCACAGGCGCGCGGCGGCGCGACGGCUAGCAGCAACGGCGCGGCGGCGAGGCACGCGGGCGGCGCGUCGGCGAGCAGGCGCACGGCGGCGCGGCAGCGGCACGCGGGCGACACGCACAGCGGCAAGGAGAGAGAGAGACGAACACAAGAGGUAUCUGGAUGGAUCGGGCCGCCCAAGGGCUCUUCAGGAAGCCGAGGGUCUCCUGAGCAACUGAGGCCUCCCCCUGGCCCUGAGUUGAGAGGCCAGGUUGGCUCUGCCCCGAGCGCUCUGACUGGGGAGGAGCUACCGGCUUCAGGGGAGGCCUUCGUGACAAGGGUGGCGCUGGCGCAGCCGCCGUCGGGGUCCUCGAGUGCCUCUGCUGAAAAGGCGCGGAGGGGAUCCAGCUCUUGGCCAACCCCUGGCAAGGCCCCAGAACCCCUCCUCGAGAUGUUGGGGAGUGCUCGGGAGGUCAUCGGGCGGCUUGAGACGGCCAUCGCGGCAGAUAGGACCGAGCUCGAAGAGGAGUGCGCCGCCCUUGUUGACGAAAGGGGCCGGCUGGAGGAGGCCCGCAAGCUCCUGGAGACACGUGUGUCCAUGGCCCGCACGGCCCACGAGGGGUCCCUACAGGAGCUGGCCAUGAAGUGGGAGGCCUUGGAGGAGGUGUGCGAGGAGGCCGUCGCCGCACAGAAGGAGGCCGAACACUUGGAGGAGCUCACGGCGUUGCGCGACCAGGCGUCGAAGGAGCGCGCCGGUAAGCUGGCCACUCGUGAGGUGCAGCUUGCCUUGCGCGAGCAGGAGGUUGCCUCACGGGAGGAGGCGGUUAGCAAGAGGGAGGAAGCCUCGCUGUCCACUGAGACGGACCUCCACCACCAAGCCCAAGAUCUCAAAUGCGGCCGCGCCGACGUUCUCUACCAGGAGGAGCAGGUUGCGCUGCGCGAGAUGGACGCUAACCUGGCGUCGUCAGCGCUCGCCGCCCGCGAGAAGAGCCUCGCCAACCAGGAGGCACGCGUAACUGCCCGAGAGCAGGCCAUCGAGGCCUGGGCCGAGCAAUUAGAGCGGGCUCGCACCGAGGUGGCUACCCAACUCCAGGAGGCGCGGGCCAUGAAGGACGUCCCCGCCAGCAACAAAGGUCUUGAAGCUCGGCUGAACAAAGCCGACGAGGAUCUUAAUGCCGUCCGCGAAGAGCGAACGCAUGUUAAGGCGAUGAUGCAGGACGUCCUCCGGCAGGCGACGGCUCCGUGGAGGCGACCGGGCUCGGGUCCGGGUCCGUGA